AUGGGGAGUCGACAACACCAAUUUCUCGUGCUCCGUCUCAAACUCGGCAUCAGGAUUAGCAACGUUGUCAUCCUUCCGGACAACGUAAUCCAACGGCACUUUGUUGACACCCGUCACGGAGCUCAAAUAAUUGACCAACAACUUGAAGAACGGAAUCCACUUCGUUUCUUUCGAGAACGGAGCCGGAGGCUUGACCUGGACAUCCUCUUCGUCUUUCGCUUCUUCCAAUUCACGCACUUUCCUGGUGUACAGGUUUCCAAUGGCCGCAGUAAAAUCCGCCGCAACCACAGGGGUCCCCUGUCGGAGGCGCUCAGACACCCACAGAUGCAUUCCGCUGAGCUUGUACUCCCACAUCAUGGGAAUAGCGAUCCCAGGAGUGCCCGCCGCCGCCGCGACCGCAGCAUUUCCGCCAGCAGCUGGCACUGCGGCCACACCAUUGGUACCACGACGGAUGAUCUUGCAGAUAUCCUUGAGACGGUCACGGGUGACCAAGCCAAGGGAGUCCAUCGCAUCAAAACCUUCGUUCGUAAACGCGUUCGCCGCAGGAACAGACCAUCCGAUCCGCCCGAGCGCACCACGAAACGCAUUAGCACCGUCAGCAGCCAUGAUAUCAAGAACAAUUUCAACGAAAAGAAAGAACAACGAAACAACGUAACGCAAUCCAAAAGCAGUUGCACCAUCGCAAAAAAAACCUCACGGACCGCAGGAGCCGACACAACCCUCCAGGCUCAGCUACCUUCUGUUCUAAGCCAUAAGGUAUCGCUCCAUAAGUACUACACAUAUCCAGUGCUCCUCACCAGUGAGACUGGCUAG